CUGCCCCAUCUCAAUACCGAGGGUUCUGAGUGCUUGAUUCUUGAGCUGUAAAUCUUCAUUGAAUACCCACAAGGACGUAUCUAACGCAACGAAGGCAGCGCAUUGAAAGAGUACCGCGAGAUUGAUGAGUCCAAAAGAGAUGUUUCCUCCUAUAUUCAGUGGGAAAGCAAUCUCUGAGAUUCUUUGUGGCAUCGCGAAGAGACCCAAGGUACUAGGUAGAGUGAGGUUGCGCGAUCUGCUCAGGGAAAUGCCCAACACGCAGUAUUCUGAGACGUGUUCACGUAAACCCACCAAGCGUUGCAGGAUAUGUUACAUUGUCGCCCCAUGAGUCUUUCGAGAAUGGAUCCCAAGGAUGCCCUCGGUUACAACCUGGGACCACCCAGAUCCCGGGCUCCCACCGAUGAUGCCCCGUUUUCAUCUUAUCAGAUCCGCUCUUGCAUGCGGGCCAAGCAUCAAAGUUUUUUAUCUGAUCCGUUGCCAACCGUCCAAUUGCACACGCGCCAAGCCGGCGCGAUACGACCUUCGGGGGACCCAACAUCCCGCCCGCUCGUUGGCCAGCGCGGGAACCGCCUCUGGGCUCUAGGCUACGCGAUGUCGCUUCUAGUGCAGAUGGUAGCGCAAAAGUCUUUAAUACGACGUCUUGUGUCCCACUUGGCGGAACCACAUCUAGAGAAGCAGGCUCAUUACUACCGCUUUGGGACACCCAUUCGCGGCGAGCAAUUCGCCCGGUUAGCCAACGAUCAGCCAACGAAACGAUGCUGCCCAGUGCCAAGUCGUGACGUGUGGAUCACGUUCGUGCAAAUUCGGGGACUGGGCAGUCUGGCACGCUGCUUGAUGAGGGGACCAAGACGCCCGGGUAUGGUUUACGUGAAGUUUUUCACUCGCUGUGCCGUACGAUCUCGUCCGAUGCCGGGAUUUUGUCGCCCUUCAGAGUCAUGUUGAGCGAAAAGGACCCUCGAAAAGAUGGUCUCGUUCGGUCUGUCAAUCCCGCUGCAGGUGGUAACCAUGGUUUGGCAGAGUGGAUUUACGUAACAUUUCUGCCCGUUCUUUCGUGUUAAGCUUCUUUUCAUG